AUGAAAGAGUCUAUGGAUCUCAACAUGGCUGAACUUAUAUCGGAGAUUGCCAAAGAGGUUGAGAAGAUAGAGAAAAAUUAUUUUUUCUUACAUGGAAAAGUUGAUGUUGUUGCUGAUGUUAUUGCAAGGCUGGUUGAACACAAUACCGCUUAUUCGACUAAGCUUGAUGCGAAGUCGGAAAAGGAUUCCCAUGUUUUUGCGAAGUUGGAAUUCUUAAGUAGUAUCAAGGAAUCCAUUUCAAAAGCUUCUCUUUUGAAUCAAUCUUCUAUUUCCCACAAAUAA